CAUAUUAUCGGAUUCACCCAAUGUAGUGAGGUGACGAACAGGUGAAUCCUCCACACAAAUUCGAAUUUGCAGCUGAGCAGGAAUCUGCCGGGUUCAUAUGCUCACAGUCGUACGUACCGGCAUAUGCACACGAGAUGUGAACGAAGACUGUGAGUUCGAGUGUGACUGCGCGAGUCCGAAGUUCGAACGGAUUUAUACAUGCAAGGAAAGAAGUACAUGUAGAAGAGUGUUAUGGUGUGUUAUUACGGGCCUACAAGCUGACUAGUAACAGGAUGAAAUACAUGUAUCUGAGAUGCUGACUUCUCCAAGGUGACUGUUGCAACUCCGACACACCGCCCAUCCCUCAAAACCCUAACGGAGGGAGGCCAAGAUGAGUGGCAAUGUCAGCCAGCGGCCGAACAUUCUCCAUCUGGCCGAGAGGACGUCGAUGCCAGUGAAGAAGCCCGUCCGCGCCCCCAUGCCCAAGAAGAGGAGCAAGGGGGUGCCCCUCUCAGAGCGGGUAACCCUGGAGCGAGUGCUUGGCUUGACAGUUCGAGACAACAGAACCUUUGCCUGUAACCCAAUCACAGGCCUGGUGGUCUAUCCAGCCGGGUGUGUUAUAGUGUUGUUCAACCCAAGAAGGAACAAGCAGUCUCACAUAUUCAGCCAUUCGAGGAAAACCAUAACAGCUCUUGCUAUAUCUGGCGAUGGUAAAAAUGUGGUUUCCGGAGAGUAUGGUCACAAGCCAGCUGUGCGGGUGUGGGAUGUUGAGGAGAGAACGCAGUUGGCAGAGUUGCACGGGCACAAAUUUGGUAUCAACUGUGUGGCAUUUUCACCCAACCUGAAAUAUGUGGUGUCCGUGGGUGAGGAGCACGACAUGGUUGUCAAUGUGUGGAACUGGAAGGACGGCAGCAAGCUAGCCGCCGGCAAAAUAUCCGUCAAGGUGGCUGGGUUAUCUUUUUCUGAAGACGGCAGCCGAUUUGUGACUGCGGGGAACCGAAGCAUUCGAUUUUGGUACAUGAGCAGCAAGAGCAAGACGAGAGAAACGUUUCCACUGAACAGCCGUGCCGGCCUCCUGGGAGAGCAGAGAAACAACAACUUCUGUUCAGUGGCCUGUGGGCUCGGUGCUAACCAGGCCAAGACAUACGCUGUCACCAAGUCUGGUCUCCUAUGUGAGUUCAGCGAGCAGCGACUCUUGGACAAGUGGGUGGAGCUGAGGACCACAAGUGCUUACUGCAUCAUUGCAAGUGAAGGGUAUCUCUUUGUCGGUUGUGCGGACGGAAUCGUUCGCCUGUUCAAUGCUUCCACUUUAAACUUUGUUGCAACACUUCCACGGCCGCACUCCUUGGGCGUUAAUGUAUCCGAUGGCAUUGACCCAAGUCACAUGAUAACCCACCGUGAGAAUGCAAGAUACCCAGCAGCUAUUGCAAUAACUCAUGACGAUGUCAGCAAGAAGACAACCUGCGUCUACAACGACCACAGUAUGUACGUUUGGGACGUGCACGAUGUCAAGAAGAUAGGCAAGCAGCGCUCCUUCUUGUACCACUCCUCCUGCAUAUGGGGUGCAGAGAUGUACCCCUCGCCGACUGCCGGGAACAAGGAGGCCCUCCCACCAGGCUCCUUCCUGACCUUCUCCUCCGACGACACCAUCAGGAUCUGGAAUGUGGACCCCGCGAUGACCACGGACACGUUCAGGAGGAAUAUCUACAGCAAUGAACUGUUGAAAGUUAUCUACGCAGACGACCAGCUGGAACACCUGUGCAGUACAGACUCAGACAAGGCGGACAGCUUAGAAGGCAAAAACGGGAUCCGCUGUGCCAGUGUCAGUGCAGACGGGCAGUUCCUGGCCUCGGGGGACCGGUCAGGCAAUGUCCGCAUCCACGAUAUGCAGUUCAUGGAUGAGGUGCACAAGAUUGAGGCCCACGACUCCGAGGUGCUGUGCUUGGAGUUCUCUAGGCCAGAGUCAGGAUGUUACUUACUGGCUUCAGCAAGUCGAGACCGACUUAUCCAUGUCUUCAACAUGCAAGAAGAUUGCUCACUGCUUCAGACCCUGGAUGACCACUCGUCUUCCAUCACAGCCGUCAAGUUCACACAGUGCAACGACCGUCUUCAGAUGAUCAGCUGUGGAGCUGACAAGGCUCUCAUGUUCAGAGUGGCAACUCAGAAUCCAGAGUUUGAGUUCAUUCGCAACCACCACGUUGUCGGCAAGACAACGAUUUAUGACCUGACCGUGGAUCCCACUGAAAAAUUUGUUGCCACCGCUUGUCAGGACAGAAAUAUCAGAAUCCACAAUGCCGUCUCGGGCAAACUGAAGCGCACCUACAAGGGUUCAGUGGGGGAGGACGGCACCCUGAUCAAGGUGGAGUUGGACCCCUCCGGCAUGUACAUAGCCACCAGCUGCUCCGACAAAAGCGUGGCCAUCUUUGACUUCUACUCUGGGGAGUGCGUGGCCACCAUGGACGGCCACUCUGAACUGGUAACUGGCAUCAAAUUCACUAGUGAUUGCAAGCAUCUCAUUUCUACGUCCGGUGAUGGGUGCAUCUUUGUGUGGCGGCUGCCGUGGGGCUUUACGCAUAAUAUGAAGGAAAGGCUCAAUGAGAUGGGACAGCACAUGAAGCAGACGCCUGCGUAUUCAAUGCUGAGACGAGGCACCUACAUCGUGCCACCUGACGAGUUGGAUCCAAAAGCCAUCGCCAUAGAGACCAGAAGCAGGAACAGCACAGCAACCCCAGCCGUCACAGAGAGCGACAGCAUUGCCGCAGACACCGAGAUGAUGGACGAGCGAGGCGACGAGGACAACGGAGACGAGGAGCAAGAUGAGGUGGACUGGCAAGGGGGACCCAAACUACAUAGCACAGCGGACCUUCCCCUUUGGGCAAAGAAACAGGUUUGCGGAGAGGACCUGCCCAGCCCUACCACCUACAGCAACCCAGCCCAGCCCAGGGGCCGCUGGGCUCAGCGGCUGGACUCCAAGGGCUUCAAGGUGAAGUCAGAAUGGGAUGCCCACCGUGAUAUUGAGCUCAGGCUGGCAGAUGGCAUAGAUAGAAGGCGUUAUACCGUGGAGCCAGAAAACCUGGCCGAGCAAGUAAGACAUUUUGCCAUUUUACACUCUGCUGCAAUAGCAGAAAAGGAGAGACUGCAGAGUUCAUUGCACAUCACUGAGGCAGAAGACUUUGUGCCUGCCGAAGAAGGCUUGGCUGACUUAGAAGAUCAGAGAGAUCCCUCCAAUCCGUUGCUGCAGGGGUUUGUGACAUCUUCUCGUGGAAGCGAGCCAUUCCUCCCUCCCGCCGGCCACACCCACAGCAUCCUGAGCCCUGACACGCCCGACGAGGAGCUGAACCUUGGGAAGGCAGAGGAGGAGCAGGAUGAGGAAGAAGAGGAGGAGGAAGCCAACGAGGUCAUCAUCUACCCACCCAGUGAGGAGUCCAGCUCCUCCCCUGAGAGUCUGAAAUUUCAGGUGACGGAGUCCACCUCGAGUCUUGAAGAGCUUCAGCGGCGACGGGCACGAUCAGUCAAGAAGGAAAGCCCCAGGAGUAGCAGGAUUAUACAGGACCAAGGUCUCACCCAAGUUGAGGAAUCUGAAAGCACUGACCCCGUCAGUCUCGGCACCAGCGAAGAUGAAGAUGAAGACGACGCGGAAGAUGAAGUUGCAGACGAAGACAACGAAGCGGGCAACAAGGAGAAGCCUGCCACCGAGAUCAACCCCUCCUCACCCACCGACCCAUCACCACAGGGAACUUCCACCACCACCGCCUCCGUCACUGCCGCAACCCCAGCCGAGGAGGGGGCCCGCGGCCAGGAGGCCCCCGGCGCUGAUCGAGAAGAGGAGGAAGAGGAGGAAGCGGGCGAAGACCAGGAGAGCUUCCUCCACACCAACUACAGCUUCACCGAGCAGGAGAAGUUUGGCAAGUGUCUGGAGCAGCUGCAGUCGGGUUUUGCCUCGGCAGGGCUGAGCAACGGCAACCACCACCGGCUGAGCAUCUCCUCCAAGUUCCUGUCCCGCUCACAGCUCAGCCACAUCAGGGGUGUGGCAGCGAGUACACGCCCGACGCCGUCCUCAUCAGUAGGAGGAGUCACAGCCCAGGUGUACCUCCAACGUCGCAAGGAUACCAUGGCUAAGGCUGUAGAUGAGACUAGACGGAGACUGCAAUCUAUGGGCUGGAACUCUUUGAGAGGCAAAUCAACGUCUUCCUCUUCCUCCACGUCCUCCGUGUCCUCCGCAACCACCACUCCCAUCUCGACACUGACUUCCCUGAAUGAUUGCACCCCAACUGCGACAGCAGCCAGUGCCUCUACGCACGAGGAGAGCUGCAAAAGGGAACAGACCAACUGCAGUGAGAAGCCUUCCGAAUCAGUUGUGACUUGGGCAGACUCUCCAAGUGUGAGAGGCGGUGUGGCGGAAGACAUUGAGAAGAGCCAAGAGAAUCAGAAAGUCCUUGAAGAUAGGAUGCGGGAAAUUGAAACCGAGCCGACCGCUGAAAGCUCCCCUGUGGUGAAACAGCCUGAGAAUGACUCUGCAGUAACCAAAGACUCAGGGAGCACUCCCAAGGAAGACGUUUUGAGAGAAUCACAAGACGUCCAAGAAACUAGAGAUCCAGAAACAGUGAAACAAAGAAUCCUUGGUCCCACAGACAAAUCAGGAGCUAAUUCAUCUGAAGUCCAAGCUGAAACUCCAACUCCGGAUGUUAGAGAUGGCAUUUUUAGAUCAGAGUCGCCUCGGGAAGUUCCUGCUGAGACAUCAAACUCUCAUCCUGAUAGCCAUUCAGAGGGUGUUGUCAAGUCGGACGACCAAUCCCACAUUGCAAUUGCAACUUCCGACCAUGCCCACGUGCCCAUCAUUAAGGGCAAGAGGCCUGCGUCAGCGCCCAUGGAGACUCGAGAGGCCGUCGAGAAGGCAAACAAGGAGAAUCUGGACAGGUCGACCAAAUACGAUACCUACCCGGGCCGAAGGUCCAUCUCCUCCAGCAGCCAGAAGAAGGUGGACAAGAUGAAGGCGAGGAAGGAACCGACCCCAUCCUCGACCCUUAGAAAGACCACAUCCAUGUCAGACCUUCAUGAUGCCAACCUGGAUCAGGAGACGAGAUCGGAGUCUCCCAGCUUCAACAUGGUGCUGCGUUCCCAUCCCAGGAGUCAUAGCAUGGAGAGGAAGAGGCUCCGAGCCAACAGCCCGGCCAGGGAGAAGCACCGAGCCCGGCCGGACAGAGUCCUCCCGUUGGUGCCCGGCCUCCCCAAGCCAAAGUCCUACGAGGUGGGCACGGCCAGCUCCUUGGCCAAGGUGUCAGCCCGCAAGGACGAGACACCCCCGCCGUCCCCAUCCAGGACCGGCCGGGGCAAGCGAGCCUCGUUUGGGGCAGCCGGCGAGGAGUCCAGGCAGUCCAAAUCAGGGGGAAGCUCCCCAGAAUCACCUCCCGAGACCACAAAAAAUUCUGCUUCUGCUGAAAAACAGUCUGCCAAGGAUUCCCUGGCGGAAAAGAACAAACAGCAUGCCGACACAGAUGUCACUUCACAGGUAACCGUAACCACAGAUCACGCUGUUGAUUCAAAAGAUGCACAUAAAUCAUCUCCCCCACCAACUGUUAGUUCACAGAAGGAGGUUGAACUCAGUGCUGGCAAAGAGCAGGCCGACAAGCUAGCCAUGCCCCCACCUUCCAGCGCUGCUGUCGCUAAGAGCAACAGAAGCUUUAGAAGGUCCUCCGCAACUAGGGUAGAGUUGAGGCAACAGCGGCGACGGGAUCCUCUUCAAAGGCCCAGGCAGUCACAAAUGGUGCUUCCUCAACUGAGGACCAGAAGGGCUCCAGCGAUUCCAUCUCGACCUCUGAGGCCUCUCAGACGGACACCAGGCCCUCGUCUCCUCGGAGCAGGGCAUCCUCCUACAGGGAGAACCGCAGCAGCAGCUUACGGGAGAGCUUGUCGCCAAAAACAACCAGGAAAGCUUCCCCGCCAACCGUCCAAGCCGAUACCAAAGAGGAAUCUCAAGCAGAUCCCAGUAGUGGCCCUUUGAAGCUGAAGAACUCCACCGACGAUGUGAAGGAUGAGAAGACAAACGACAAGCCCUCACCGAGGAGGCGGCGGAGGGAGCGGAAUGAAGCCAGUAUUUCUGA